AUGACCUCGAAUCGCUCCUCUUCGGCCUUGCGGUCGCCGUCAAUCCUAAACGAACGUCGAGAUUUCCGCAGAUUGUCCGGUCGCUCUGUGUCCUCUCCUAUCGAUCCCGAGCCGGCUCCCGAUGUCCAACCCACCGCAAUCACAGAGGAAAUCAGCGAAAUCAAGCGCUAUGAGGAUUUCACUACCAUAGAUUGGGUGCAGGAUGCGGUAUAUGAACAGAGCGCUCGCCGCGCCAAGCGGCGGGGUGGCGGGGGAUUUUGGGAUCAGGAGGGUGUCUUUGGCUGGCGACGCAAAAUGCGCGAGUCUUACGAUGCCGGACAGGCCUGGCUGGUGGUCACACUUGUCGGAAUGGCAAUUGGACUCAAUUCGGCUCUUUUGAAUAUCAUUACCGAGUGGUUGUCAGAUAUCAAGCUGGGCCACUGUACCACUGCAUUCUAUCUGAACGAACAGUUUUGCUGCUGGGGGGCUGAAGGAGGAUGCCCCGAGUGGAAACACUGGACUGGCUUCUGGCCGGUCAACUAUGUAGUGUACUUCUUUUUCGCUGUGUUACUUUCUUUCGUUGCAGCGGUUCUUGUCAAGUCUUUUGCGCCAUAUGCCGCAGGUUCCGGUAUCUCAGAAAUCAAAUGUAUCAUUGCGGGCUUCGUCAUGAAAGGUUUCUUGGGAGGCUGGACCCUUCUCAUCAAGUCGAUUGCUUUACCAUUGGCUAUUGCUUCUGGCCUAUCCGUUGGUAAAGAAGGGCCUAGUGUUCAUUUCGCUGUUUGCACGGGCAACGUGAUCUCUCGAUUCUUUGGCAAAUACAAGCAGAGUGCGUCGAAAACGAGGGAAAUCCUGACCGCGUCGGCGGCCGCGGGUGUGGCUGUUGCUUUUGGCAGUCCAAUUGGUGGUGUUCUUUUCUCAUUAGAGGAAAUGGCCAGUUACUUCCCGCUCAAGACUCUCUGGCGUAGCUACUUCUGUGCCCUGGUCGCGACCAGUGUACUAGCUGGGUUGAACCCAUUUAGAACUGGCCAGCUGGUCAUGUUCCAAGUCCAAUAUGAUCGCACAUGGCAUUUUUUCGAGCUGAUCUUUUUUGUAUUUCUGGGUGUAUUUGGCGGUCUCUACGGUGCAUUCGUGAUCAAAUGGAAUCUUCGAAUGGCCGCAUUCCGCAAGAAGUACCUGUCUCAAUGGCCUAUCACCGAAUCUGUGGUUCUUGCUGCCCUUACUGCAGUCCUCUGUUAUCCAAAUAUGUUUUUGAGGAUCAACAUGACGGAGAUGAUGGAGAUUCUCUUCCGCGAAUGUGGAGGGGGACAUGACUAUGAUGGGCUCUGCGAAGCCCAGAAUCGCUGGUCGAUGGUAUUUUCGCUGGCUAUUGCUACCAUUCUGCGCACCGGGCUGGUCAUUAUCUCCUACGGGUGCAAAGUACCAGCCGGCAUUUUCGUCCCAUCGAUGGCCAUCGGUGCGUCAUUUGGCCGCAUGGUAGGAAUCAUGGUGCAGGCACUACAUGAAUCCUUCCCCAAUGCCGCAUUCUUUGCGUCAUGCAAGCCGGAUGUUCCCUGCAUCACUCCAGGCACAUACGCCUUCCUGGGCGCUGGCGCAGCCCUCAGUGGAAUCAUGCACAUCACCAUUUCCGUGACAAUUAUCAUGUUCGAGCUGACAGGAGCCCUGACCUAUAUUCUCCCGACCAUGAUCGUGGUCGGCGUAACCAAAGCCGUUGGAGACCGCUUCGGCAACGGCGGUAUCGCGGAUCGAAUGAUCUGGUUCAACGGCUUCCCAUUCCUGGACAACAAGGAAGACCAUGUCUUCAACGUCCCAGUCUCGCACGCCAUGACUACGGACCCGCUCACCCUGCCCGCCUCAGACUUCCCAGUACGCGAGGCAGAGCACCUGCUGAGCGACAACAAGUUCCAGGGUUUCCCGAUCGUCGAAGACCGGAAUACCAAGACAUUGGUCGGCUAUAUUGGCCGUACCGAGCUACGAUACGCUAUUGAUCGUGCACGCAGCGACGGACUUGUCUCACCACGCGCACGGUGUGUUUUCACCAAGGAAGCAGCCGAAGCAGCCGAAGCAGCCGUCGCCCGACGAGCAUCCGUCUCCCAGCCGCGCACCGCCGAGACCUUCGACAGCAUUCAGGACAGCGUUGGUGCCGCAGUCGUCGAUUUCUCACGAUACAUUGACCACACGCCGCUGACCGUACACCCGCGCCUCCCGCUCGAGACCGUGAUGGAGAUCUUCAAGAAGAUGGGCCCGCGCGUUAUCCUUGUCGAACACCGCGGCCGCCUGACCGGCCUAGUCACCGUCAAGGACUGCUUGAAGUACCAGUUCAAGGUUGAGGCGGAAGAGCAAGCCCUAGCUGCGACGAGCUCGUCUGAGUUUGCCUCUGCUCCAUUGGGCGGGCAUCUCAGCAGCCCUGCGCCAGAGACACUGGAGGACCGUUUAUGGCGACUCAUCCAGACUGUUGCUGGCUAUGUGUCUGGGAAAAUUGGACCCAAUCGGUCUGUGCGAUUGCAAGAGAGACACCGGCCUGCACCAUCAGAGUCGGCGAUCUUGGAUGGCACGGAAGAUGACGGGCUUGUGGAAUUAGAGGAGAGAGAGGAGCGGCCCGGUCGCUAG